UCAGCAAAACAUUUGUCUUUGAGUUUGAGAGAUAGAUAAAAGAUUCACUAAUGGCCACCGCAGGCACCGCUGCUACUUUCAGACCCUCCUCCUUUUCAGCUUCUUCCAAAGCAACCCGUCUGAGAUCGCCCUUCAAACUCCCCAAAUUUACGCCUCUGCCAUCGUCUCGCUCACGGUCCUCUUCUUCGUUUUCCGUCUCUUGCACCAUCGCUAAGGACCCGACUGUUUUCAUGGCGGAUACGGAGGCCGCUGGAUCUGAUCCGACCAUGUGGCAACGACCCGAUUCAUUCGGUCGGUUCGGGAAGUUUGGCGGGAAGUAUGUCCCCGAAACUCUAAUGCACGCCCUCUCUGAACUCGAAACGGCCUUCUAUUCGCUCGCCACCGACGAAGAUUUCCAGAGAGAAUUGGCAGAGAUCUUGAAAGACUAUGUGGGUCGGGAAAGUCCGCUUUACUUUGCAGAGAGGCUCACAGAGCAUUACCGCCGAGAAAACGGGGAAGGACCGCUCAUAUACCUCAAAAGGGAAGACUUGAACCACACCGGUGCUCACAAGAUCAACAACGCUGUGGCUCAGGCUCUUCUCGCCAAGCGUCUAGGAAAGAAACGGAUUAUCGCUGAGACAGGGGCUGGUCAACAUGGUGUAGCCACAGCUACAGUGUGUGCACGUUUCGGUUUGCAGUGCAUUAUCUACAUGGGUGCUCAAGACAUGGAGAGACAAGCUCUUAAUGUGUUCAGAAUGCGUCUUCUCGGUGCUGAGGUAAGGGGAGUCCACUCUGGAACAGCCACUUUAAAGGACGCAACUUCUGAAGCUAUAAGGGAUUGGGUGACAAAUGUGGAGACUACACAUUACAUAUUGGGAUCCGUUGCGGGUCCUCAUCCUUACCCUAUGAUGGUCAGGGACUUUCAUGCCGUGAUUGGUAAAGAAACAAGGAGACAAGCUAUGGAGAAAUGGGGCGGGAAGCCUGAUGUUCUGGUUGCUUGUGUCGGUGGUGGUUCAAAUGCCAUGGGACUCUUCCAUGAGUUUGUCGAUGACACAGAGGUUCGGAUGAUUGGUGUGGAAGCCGCUGGAUUUGGAUUGGACAGCGGCAAACACGCUGCCACAUUGACAAAAGGAGAUGUCGGUGUACUCCAUGGAGCUAUGAGUUACUUGCUGCAAGAUGAUGAUGGCCAAAUCAUUGAACCACACUCCAUCAGUGCCGGAUUGGAUUACCCUGGAGUCGGACCUGAGCAUAGUUUCCUUAAAGACAUGGGACGGGCUGAGUACUAUAGCGUUACCGAUGAAGAAGCCUUAGAAGCUUUCCAGAGAGUGUCUCGGUUGGAGGGAAUAAUCCCGGCACUAGAGACAUCGCACGCGUUGGCCCAUCUAGAGAAGCUUUGUCCGACGUUAUCUGAUGGAACCAGAGUUGUCUUAAACUUCAGUGGGAGAGGCGACAAGGAUGUUCAGACUGCAAUCAAUUUUGCGCUGAAUAUGAUAUACUGUAAAUGGGUUCGACUGAAACAUGUGAGAACUGAGAAGAUUUGGGGAGGAGUUUCAAAUCUGAACGCUGAAGAUAAAUCACAAAGGAGGUGCUUCGUCCUCGGAGCUUUGAGAACUAGCCAAGCAGCUCUUGUUUCUCAGUUGACUCCUUCUCCGACGAAAAUGGUGUCCACGAGCAAGAUCAAAUCCGUUGAUUUCUAUAGGAAAAUCCCUAGGGAUUUGACAGAAGCUUCUCUGUCUGGUGCUGGAUUGUCCAUUAUAGCAGCCCUCUCUAUGAUAUUUUUAUUUGGAAUGGAAUUGAAUAAUUAUUUGGCUGUCAGCACUUCCACAUCGGUCAUUGUUGAUAGGAGCGCUGACGGAGACUUCUUGCGCUUAGAUUUUAACAUAAGCUUCCCGUCACUUUCAUGUGAAUUCGCAUCUGUGGAUGUCAGUGACGUAUUAGGCACUAACAGGCUAAAUGUAACAAAGACAAUUCGGAAGUUUUCUAUUGAUUCGAAUAUGAGACCCACUGGUUCUGAGUUUCACGCCGGGGAAGUUUUAUCGCUCAUUAAUCAUGGAGAUGAAACUGGUGAAGAAGUAGUUGAAGAUUCGGUACCACUUACUGGGCGCAACUUUGACACAUUUACACAUCAAUUUCCAAUCUUGGUAGUUAAUUUCUAUGCUCCGUGGUGCUAUUGGUGUAAUCUCCUGAAACCAUCAUGGGAGAAAGCAGCCAAACAAAUAAAAGAGAGAUAUGAUCCAGAAAUGGACGGACGUGUUAUUUUGGCAAAAGUUGACUGCACCCAAGAAGGUGAUCUCUGUCGGAGGAAUCACAUACAAGGGUAUCCAUCCAUUCGUAUUUUCCGCAAAGGCAGUGAUCUUAAGGAUGACAAUGCACACCACGACCAUGAAUCCUACUAUGGAGAUCGUGAUACGGAAAGCUUAGUGAAGAUGGUGGUUAGUGUGGUUGAACCAAUCCAUCUAGAGCCCCAUAAUCUAGCAUUGGAGGACAAAUCAGACAAUUCAUCGAAAACUCUAAAAAAGGCACCUUCUACAGGAGGAUGUCGAAUUGAAGGAUACAUGCGUGUAAAGAAGGUUCCAGGCAACUUAAUGGUUUCAGCUCGCUCGGGAUCUCAUUCCUUUGAUUCUUCUCAGAUGAAUAUGUCCCAUGUUGUUAACCAUCUAUCAUUUGGGCGGAGGAUUAUGCCUCAGAAAUUUUCUGAGUUAAAGCGCUUGUCACCUUAUCUCGGCCUAAGCCAUGACCGUUUGGACGGCCGGCCCUUCAUAAACCAACGCGAUCUCGGCCCAAAUGUUACCAUCGAGCAUUAUCUUCAAAUAGUAAAGACUGAGGUAGUGAAAAGCAAUGGACAGGCAUUGGUUGAGGCGUAUGAGUACACAGCACAUAGCAGCGUUGCUCAUAGUUACUAUUUACCAGUUGCCAAGUUUCACUUUGAGCUAUCACCGAUGCAGGUUCUCAUAACGGAAAACUCCAAGUCCUUCUCACAUUUCAUCACCAACGUAUGCGCCAUUAUCGGUGGUGUCUUCACGGUGGCCGGAAUCUUGGAUUCUAUUCUCCACCACUCCAUGACACUGAUGAAAAAGAUAGAACUUGGUAAAAACUUCUGAAGAUCUCCUAAGGGUUUUAUUUCGUUUUCCUCUGUAACGAGUCAGAAAGUUUUGCCAUAUAUACACAACCAGACGUCACCAAAAUAAUUCAGUUAUAUUUUCGCAAACUGUUAUCCUUUUGAACAUAUAUAAGUAUUAGCGAUGUCUUUGAAGUCUUUGGGAGUUUUAGUAAAACAAAUUGUUAUCA